GCUCGACUCGGCAUAAAAUCAACAACGAUAACAAUACAACACGAAGACGAACACAACAAUUAAAAUUAAAUAAAGCAAGAAGGUAAUAUUGAAGAAUCUAUCGUGGACGAGGGCUCGCCCGAAACCGGCUAGUAGACAUUGUUUUUGCCAUCACUCUUUCUAUAAACCGUAAUUUAUUUUAAUACUCAAAGUAAUUGUAGAUUGUAGCUUGCUUUACGCCGUGUACCUAACCUACUAUCAACAUGAGUAAAGCUCAUCCUCCAGAACUGAAAAAGUUCAUGGACAAAAAGUUGUCAAUAAAGCUGAAUGCUGGUAGACAUGUGGAAGGAAUUCUACGUGGUUUCGAUCCUUUCAUGAAUGUUGUACUGGAUGAAACAAUAGAAAUAAAGAAAGAUAACACACAAAAUAACAUAGGCAUGGUGGUGAUCCGUGGGAAUUCCAUUGUCAUGGUUGAAUCCAUGGAUAGACUGUAGGUUAAAUGUUUAGGAUGUGUUGAAAUCGUGUUACAAAAUGUGCUCUCGAUGUUUGUUUCAAUUUUUGGUAAAUAAAUAGUUUGUGAUAAUU